UUUUGUUUACCACCACCACCAUCACCAUCACCGCCUCCAUCAUGGACCUUCCGCAGCAGCAGCUUUUGCCACCCGCCUGCUUCUUCUCCGCGGCGCAGAGCCUCCCCAUGAGCCCCGGCAGCCCCGCCGGCAAACUCCCCGCCAAGGCGCCCAAGCGCUCCCGCUCCUCCUCGCCGGAGCUGCUGCGCUGCAAGCGCCGCCUCAACUUCGCCGGCUUCGGCUACACGCUGCCGCCGCAGCAGCCGCACGCGGUGGCGCGCCGCAACGAGCGCGAACGCAACCGCGUCAAGCUGGUCAACAACGGCUUCGCUACGCUGCGAGAACACGUCCCCAACGGCGCCGCCAACAAGAAGAUGAGCAAGGUGGAGACGCUGCGCUCCGCCGUGGAAUACAUCCGCGCCCUGCAGCAGCUGCUGGACGAGCACGACGCCGUCAGCGCCGCCUUCCAGUCCGGCGUGCUGUCGCCCGGCAUGUCGCAGGGCUACGCCGGGGACAUGAACUCCAUGGCCGGCUCGCCGGUGUCCUCCUACUCGUCGGACGAGGCCUCCUACGACCCGCUCAGCCCCGAGGAGCAGGAGCUUCUGGACUUCACCAACUGGUUCUGAGCACCCCCUUCGGCGGGAGCGCGCAUCGGUCAGAUGCGGUCCAAGGGCGGCCCCGGAGGAGAAGAAGAUGCUCGGCUCGGCUCGGCUCGGCUCGGCUCGGCUCGACUCAGCUCGGCUCGGCUCGGCUCGGCUCCUCCUUGCAGGUUGCAAGAACCAGCAGCCACAAGCACCAACAAAAAAAAAAAGAGGAUUUUCCAGAAGGGACAAGCGGUAGGAAAUGGAUGGACCAUGUUUUCUUUUAGGCUGAAAAAAGACCCAAACUCAAAAUGCUUCCAAGUCGCGGAUCUUUAUCAUGCAAAUAUAUUUUUCUAUGUCAAAGAGAUUUAUCUACUUUGUUUUUUUCUACACAUCUUUUGUAUAUAAAUAUCUAUAUCUAUGACUAUGUCCAGCUCAGCACCGAUACGUGUCUUAUUUAAUAAUGUAUAUGAUCAAACUUAUGCAGCUAGUGUCCAAACAAAGUUGGAGAGAGAAAAGAAAAAGAAAAAGCAUAUUUUCUACACUCCAGUCCAACAAUAAAUGAUUUGCUACUCCA